CGCAGCACAACCGCAAAAAAGUCCUCUAUCAUGGCGUCCUUGUGAGAUCCAAUAACAACACCCGUCUCAUUAUUGUUCUCAGCAGCCCAUACUAUCUCUAUUUAGUUUCUUUCUUCAAUUACCUCUUUUGGCAGACUACCAACCAUGUUUAGUUCAAAGCGAAGAAGUAAACUCUUGCUUACUCUCUUACCCUUUUCAACCAUUGUCUUCCUCAUAUUCUCUGCAUCAACCACUCUUAAAAAGACCUCUAAAACCACAGAAACCUCACGCUUACACAUCCGCAGACACCUCCAAAUUGCCCACUCUGCAUGUGAAGGCACACUCUACCCAGAGCUCUGCGUUUCAACUCUCUCUUCGCUCCCGGAUCUUGCUUUCAAAUCUGUACAUCGACUCAUCUCCGCCACCAUAGACCGCACAUUGUAUGAGAUUAGAGCGUCCUACUCAAAUUGCACUGGCAUUAGAAAAAAGCACAAAAACCUCAACAUACUUGAAAAUAGAGCUCUCACUGACUGUAUUGAACUUUUUGAUGACACCAUUGCAGAGCUCACAUCAGCUCUCCAUGAUCUUUCCCCUAGAAAAACAACCUCCAAACAAUUCCAGGAUUUGCAGACUUUGUUUAGUGGUGCAAUGACUAACCAGGACACAUGUCUUGACGGGUUUGCUUACAGUAACGGAAACGUGAGAGACAUAAUCAAGUACAACUUAUACAACAUCUCUCGACAUGUAAGUAACUCUUUGGUCAUGCUGAAGAAAGUCCCCGGUUUUAACAUGUCCUUAAAGUCGGACGUUUUCCCAGAGUAUGGACGAAUGAAGAGAGGGUUGCCAACUUGGCUGUCCUCAAAAGAUCGAAAAUUGUUGCAGACUACUGAAAAUGGCACCAGAUAUGAUCUGAUAGUGGCUAAAGAUGGCACUGGAAAUUAUACAACCAUUGGUGAUGCAGUGGCCGCAGCUCCCAACUCAAGCACUACCAGGUUUGUAAUCUACAUUAAAGCUGGGUCCUACUUUGAGAACGUGGAAGUGGAUAGAAAGAAGACAAUGUUGAUGUUUCUUGGAGAUGGUAUCGGGAAAACAGUAGUGAAAGCCAGUAGAAAUGUUAUUGAUGGAUGGACUACUUUCCGGUCGGCCACAGUAGCUGUGGUGGGGAACGGUUUCAUUGCAAAGGGUAUAACCUUUGAAAACUCGGCUGGCCCUAGUAAGCACCAGGCUGUGGCCUUAAGAAGUGGCUCAGAUCUCUCUGCAUUCUAUCAAUGCAGCUUUGUUGGUUACCAAGACACUUUAUACGUUCACUCCCUUCGACAAUUCUAUCGAGACUGUGACAUUUACGGUACAAUUGACUUCAUAUUCGGCAAUGCCGCUGUGGUGUUUCAAAAUUGCAGCUUAUAUGCUCGUAAACCAAAUGAAAACCAGAAGAACAUUUUUACUGCUCAAGGAAGAGAAGAUCCCAACCAGAAUACAGGAAUAUCCAUCUUGAAUUGCAAAGUUGCUGCUGCUGCUGAUUUAAUACCAAAUCAAACGAAUUUUAAGACAUAUCUUGGUCGUCCUUGGAAAGAGUAUUCUAGGACAGUUUAUCUUCAAUCUUACAUUGGUGACUUGGUGGAUCCGGCGGGAUGGCUUGAAUGGAAUGGCACAUUUGCAGUGUCUACACUUUACUAUGGGGAGUACAAGAAUAGAGGGCCUGGCUCUAACACAAGUGCUAGGGUGACGUGGCCUGGUUAUCGAAUCAUUAAUAACUCCAGUGUGGCUAGUCAGUUUACAGUUGAGGGAUUCUUGCAGGGUAGUCAAUGGCUUAAUUCUACUGGCUUUCCUUUCUUUCUUAAUCUUGGUUGAGCACAAUAUUUUAUUUUUGCCCAUGAUGUCUCAACAGUCAACAACUGGCUUUCGUCUGGAAAGAAUUAUAUCCAUUUACCGAGGAAAGUGUUCUGUAAACCACUAUGUACUGGAAUAACAAUUUUAUUUUUAGGUAUUAAUGUGAACAGUUGGAAGCAAGGAUGCCCCUUAAA